AUGAUGACACUGAUGAUACACUUACAUAUUGCAAGGUUUGCACUCAAGAGUUAGAUGAAUUAGACGGAAUUGAAGCACAACCGUACCCAUAUGUUAAAUCGGGAAGCAGUACUGGAAAUUUAGUAAAACAUUUACGCGAAAAGCAUCAUAUAAAUCCAAAGAAUUAUAAAAAGUAUCUCGAUGAUAAUAAUGAA